AUGGAUGCAGCGUAUUUUAGAUAUUUUAGCGGAAACCAAGUGGAUCAGAUUAAAUUACUGGAAAUGCAGGCUGAGUAUCUUCGAUAUUUAGCGUCGUGCUAUGGUGGAAAUGCUCCUAUCUUGCAGUAUCCAAUCCAGCCUCAACAAGUUUCUAAUGGAAAUAUUCCAAAUUUUCAAAUAAACUGUGCUGAGUUUUUUUCAGAAAAAAUUAAAUAUUGAUGCAUAAUUUUCUAUUUAAAUUAGCAUAUACAUUUUUAUACAAACCAAUAUAUUUGUAAAAAGAGAAUAAAUACAGAAAUUAAAUCCUCUAAAGAGACUGUAAACACAAAAGUUCCUAUAGCCCAAGAAUAUUCAAAGGAGACUGAAAACAAAGAGAAACCAACUCUAGGCUCUAGAUCACAGAUAGAAAUACCACCAUUAACUUUUUCGAAUAAAGAAUCAACUGAGAUUCCACAAGUAAAAGAAAAUAAGCAACCUGAAUUGGCUAAUGAGGAAGAAAGUAGCCCUAUAAAUGACAAGAAAAUUGGAACAAAAGCAAGUAAUCGGAGAUAUUUAUCUAAUCCUGAUGAUGUUCCCAUUAAACCUAUAGCAAAAUCAUUUGAAAGCUUGCUUGAAGAAGAAAUGAAGAAGCUGAGAGAACAAGAAAAUACGGCAGAAGGUGAGGCAGAAGGUGAACAAAAGCCUAAGCAUCAAUUUUUAAAAAAAGGAAGCAAAGUAAAGCAAAUUAUAGCAGCUGAAAAAAGCCAUGAGGAACAAGAAAAGAGUGAAAAUUUAAACUUAGAAGAAGCCAAAUCUAUUGAAAAAAGUGAAAUUGUUGAAGAAAGAAAAGAAGAAAAACCUAUGGAAGUGCCAAUAGAAAAUCCUGAUGAAGUAGCAGCACUUAAAGAAGAAUUUUCCAACAAAUUAAAAAAUUUGGAAAAAGAAAUGGACUAUUUCAAAAGAGAAAAUGCAAAAUUAAAGAAAUUAGCAAAGGAAUUGGAAGAGAAAAAAAGUGUAAUCGACAAAGAAAUGCAUGAAUUCGAUUAGAUUAUUAGAUUAGUUAGAUUAUAAUGGGUCUCUUAGGAUUAUAUCAGCCCUUCUCCUUACUAGCUGGUUUUACUCUCAAGUGGCUUUAGCAUUAGCGUCCAACACUAGGCCACUUUUAUAUGUCGAUGUCACAAAAAAUGGUGAUGUAGCCAAGUCUCUCGGGGAGACUCACCCGACAAAAUUUUUGUCUGGUCUACGGUACGGACUCCCUUAACCCAUGAUAGUGCUCAGAGUACUGAUGAAGCGCCCAACAUGUCUUCUUCUGGGCUAACUUCCUUUAACAGCGCAUAUUGCUUCCCAGAAGUGUGAGCCGACUUUACGCUCUCUGUCUCAUCGUCACGGGCCGGGAUAAAAAGCUUUUCAUGGUGUCCUGACUGACAAAACCGACCUAUUAACCACUCACCGUGUUUUAAAAAGUGCAUGAAUUCGAAGAAUUCAAAAAAAGAGAAGAAAUCAAGCUUAUUAAGUGGAAAAAUAAAGAAAUGGAAAAACUUAAAAAGGAAAAGGAAGCAAUAACCAAAGCGAAUAUAAAAAAAGAAAAUGAAGAAGUUGAAAGGUUGAGAGAAACUCUAAAAAGAUUAAAUCAGUCCGUAAAAGAUCAAGAAAUUCGCCACAAAAUCGAAACAGACAAACUUAAAGCACAAAUUGAAAAAAUUUCUAAAAAAUCAGAAAUUAAGCCAAUUUUAAAAAAUCCGCGCAGGGAGUCAAAAACUGAUAGAGGUAGCCUUUCAGUUAAUGAAAAGAUUAUCAUUUCCAAACCAUCUGCCUCUGAAAAUAACUCUAUAAGCCAAGAAAAUUCGAUCGAAAAAACUCCAAGAAAUUCACCUUCAGACAGCCAUAUAAAAGUAAUUUCUUUCAGCAAUGGAACUAAAAAAGAAAUUCACCCUGAUGGCCACUCAGUGAUUUACUUUAUAAAUGGUGAUAUAAAAACUGCUUUUCCAGAUGGGAAAUCAAUUUAUUUCUUUUGUGAAGCCAAUACAGUCCAAACUACAUUUGCUGACGGGGUUCAAGAAUUCAAAUUUCCCAAUGGACAAGCUGAAAAACACUAUCAAGAUGGGACCAAAGAAAUCAAUUUCCCUGAUGGAACAAUGAAGUGUAUUUAUCCUAAUGGUGAAGAAAAAUGCAUAUUCCCUGAUGGGACUAUACAAAAAAUUUGUGCAAAUGGAGAGAAAUUGAUAACACUUCCUGAUGGAAGAAAAGAAAUAUAGCACCUGCAAUUAUAUAGUGUGCUCUUGUGCUAGCUCUUCCCUGCAAUUGGCUAUCUGGCAAGUCAUCUAAAGGUGACAAGUCAACUCUAAGUUGACAAAUACUGAAAGAAAGAUCAACUUGGAGUUGAUAUGCUACCUUUAAGCGACUUGUCGGACUUACAAGUUGAAGGUAAAGAGCUAGGCAAGAGCACGCUAUAUGCGUGAAAGCACCAUAAUAACAGCUGAAGGAAAAUGUGUAAAUGUAGGGAAUGCUCAAGAAUCCUUAUAA